AUGACUCGUAUCAUCAAUGAAUUGGGGCUCUUUUUGUUUCUUCUCGCCGGCUUCGUCACCGGCAUAACUCUCAAAGACGAGCCCCAGUUGCGCUCAAACGCAACCCUAAAGCUCGCUGGUACCGGCUCCCUCGACACUCGCGAUCUUUUCGGACUCUUUGGCCGCGCAAAUAGCGACUCCAGUUGCAACCCCGGAUACAGUGCAUGCUCCUCUGAUACCUCACGCUGCUGCCCGGCCGGCAACUCAUGCUGUGCCAAUGGCUACUGCGCUGACCCCGGCGACACUUGCUGCACUAUGGGCACCUGUCCAAGUGAAUGGAACUGCUGUGGAAAUGACGGUAACUGCUCGCCCAAAGACGGAGAGUGCUGCAGUGGAGGGUAUUACUGCCUAGCUGGAACACAAUGUCGGGUAUGGGAAGGCGAGAAGGUGUGUUGCCCAUUGUCUGGCUGUGCGGGAGAAAAUGAUGGUGGGAAUUUGGGGAAUACGGUUACUGCAGGCCCGGGUGUGACUGAGACUGCGACUAUGUUUAGUACUGCUGCGCCUUCGCUCACUUCUUCGUAUAAUUAUCUGGAUUAUCAGUAUUAUUAUACUACUAUCUACUGGACUUAUUGGUUUUAUUAUUGGACUUCUUAUUCCCCCUACACUGCAAAGACAGUGACCUCUACCCAGACUACGACUAUGACUAUCUGGUCCGUCUACCAGACCAAUAGUGCUGAAGCAAGCGCUUCAUUAGCCGCCAGUGCCGAAAGUUACACUUUCUCUACUCCAUACUCGGCUACUUAUUUGGAGACUUUAGUUUCUGAUAGCCUUCCUACUCCAACGUCAAUCUCAUCUCCAUCAGGUGGGGGUAACAGUUUGCCCCAAGAAGGAUCGACAAGUGGUAUGUCAGCAGAUUGGUUUGUUGCAUUGGCAGGUGCUAGCUUUGCGGCUUUGAUUGGUGCAGUAGCCUUUGCAUUGUGA